UAUUGUUUCUGACAAUAGAGUAAGGGAUCUGGGUGAUCCAGAUUCUAGUGUCAACUCUGUGACCUUAGUCAAGGCUGUUACCUUGACCUCAGUUUCUCUGAGGUUCCUUUCUGGCUCUCACCUCCAGACUUUCCUUUCUGGGCUUCCUCAUACCAGGCUGGGGCUGUGUCUGCCACACCUGAGCCACUGCACACUUUGAAGUGGAGCCUCUACAAGGGUGAUCUUCUGCUUCCUCCAUUCCUUGCAUCAUUGCUAUGACACAGUUUCCCCUCUUUAGUGCUAGUCUGGAGGAAACUGUGGGCACUUGAGAUGGGGUUUCCGUUUGGGGUGUUAUCUUAUUUCAUAAAUGGUAUGGGGUUAAUUUUGUUGUUGAACAUAUGUUCGUGUGCCCGACAAACGGUGGGGCCAAAUACACCAAAAUGUUGGAGUUUGGAGCAGAGAAAGGUUUGUUGCAAGGGCCAUGCAGGGAAAAUGGGUGGAUUGUGCUUAAAAGACUUGAACUCCCUUGAAUGUUUUCAGGGAAGAGUUUUUAUAGGCAAAUUUUGGGGUGAGGGAUGCAAGGUGUGUGACUUUCUUCUGAUUGGUUGGUGGUGAGGUAACUGGGCGGUGCUCCAGGAAUCUUGUGCUGAGACUGAAGUUCCCAUCCUCCAUCUGGAUGGGGACCUUAGUUCUUGCAGAAGAACUCAGAGAUAAUUGCUAUGUGUAUCCCUUGAGGAGGAACCAGGACUCUGCUUUAUCGCUGCACUAUUGUUCCUUGACUGCUUCUCCUUUGUUUCUGCAUUCCCUCCCUUCCCUAGUUAGUAACUGUUUGAAUCUGCCCUUUAGAACUCUUCGAAAGUCUAGGAGGCUGAAGCCUUUUUCCCACAAAUAUGAACCAGGACUCGGAAAAGCUUUUGUACCCGGGAAGGCCCUAAAGGGUCCUGCUUGUUUUCAGUUUCUCUUUAGAACUUCUCCUGCCUGUACCCACAGUUCUGUAGAGGAGGCAGGCAUGGACUGGUAUGUUAUGGGAAGAAAGAAAUUGACCAGAAUUGCCCAGUGAGGAAGUUCUAAUCUCAAGAUUGCUAAAUAGAUGUAUCUAAAACUACUAUCUCUCUUUUGUCCCUUGUCUCUGGGUAGGCAAGUGGCCUUCCCAUACCUCAGCCAGGCUUUGCUUCUGGCCAGCCUCUGUUUCCCCAGCCUGGAAUGCACCCUCCUUUCCUUCUUUAUUCCUGAUAGAGAUUUAAAGAGGAGCAGCCCAGUGUGAUAGGCCACACACCCACCGCAGAAAGAGAAGGAGCAAUUUGGGGAACCAGCCCCUGUUUUGCUAACCCCAAUAUGACUAAAUAGGGUUAAGAAAUGUCCUCGAUCCUCUGAGGGUGCCACUUGGCAGAGAUGAGUCCGGGAGAAGAAGAGGAAAACGGGUAGAAAAAAAGGUUAGAUAGAUAGAGAGCUUUACAUACAUCACCUCAUUUAUGCCAGUGACUCUGUUGUGAGCGCUAGUCCUCCCAUUUUAGAGGGAGGAAACUGGGACUCAGACACCUGUACAAAUGCUAGAGCCAGGAUUUGAACACUGAUUUUUCUGAUGCCACAGACUGUACUUCACCACAACCAGCUACUAAAUAAGGGUUGGCUUGAAUGUUUCUACUUUGAUAGUUUCCAACAACUGAAAUUUGUUUCCAACAAGUACAGGGUUUGUCUCUCCAACUCCCAGCACCCAGGAUCAACACAGGAUUAUUUCACACUUUAGCCUAAUGUCUUAAGUAAUGACUUUCAAAGAUCCCAGGCAGAAAGUGGUAAAAAUGACCUUGAGCAGUGUUGACCAGAACAUAGCCCAUCAUUAUUACAUUAUUGACAUGGUGGAUACCAGCCAAAGGAGAGGGGGAGAUGUUUGAGCACCCAGACAGACCUAAAGGUGUCAGUUUGAUUAGUCUGGAAUAGCUCUUUGGAAUUCUUAAUGUGUCAUUCUAAUGUGCAGCCAAGUUUGGGAACUAUUAUCCCAAGUGGCAGAAUAGAGAAUAGAUGGAAAUUAUCAGAAAGUAGAUUUAUCUCAGAUUGAGGAAAAGCUUUCUAAUAACUAGAGCUGACCAACAGUAGAAGCUAAACAACUUUGAGAAGUGGUGAGCCUGUCAUGCUUGGAAGCAUUCAAACCUAGGCCUGAUGACUAUUGGGGUGAGAGGGACAAACUAGAUAAACUCAAAUGCUAUGUUCAAUGGGAUUUUGAACUCACAUUACCCCAAGAUCCCUUCUAAGAGUUAGUAUUUUUUAGCCAUAGUCUUACUAUGCUGUUUACAUUUGGUAACAUUAAUGACAUUCUCCCAUGACUUUGCGCCUUCCUUGUGCUCCCUCCCUCUGGCUGCACUGUGAGUGAAAGUUGGCAGGAUUAUGCCAAGUGCAUUUCCUUCCUUCCCAAUCCUGGAAAAAGGUCUUUGUAUGGAGACUGCUUCUUGUUUCUGACUUCUGCUUCCCUUGGCUACCCUUCACUCAGCACAGCAGUGCUGACCAAGGCUAGGUGGGCCUCAGUGGUGUGUUUAGGAAACUGUAACAUCAGGUGAUUAAUCAUCCCUCCCUGAGUGGCCCUAAGAAACUCACGGAGGAUACAUCAUCAUGCCCAUCAUCAUGGCCCAAAGAGAAGAAUUUUGGGGCAAAGUGCUAUAGUUGCAUUUUUCAUAGCUGUCCCAUAUCCUUUCUCUUAGUCUCAUCUGAUGGAGAGGAAAUCAAAGCACUGAGGUCAUCCAAGAAACUACAGGGCAGAGAGUGCCCUCCCGCACUAAGGGGGUCCACAGGAAAGGGGACGGUGGUGGUCCUAAGGGCCUGGCUUUCGAGCCAGAUACCUCAGUUUGAAUCCUAGUUCUGCCCCUCACCAAGUGACCUGUAAAACAGGGAUGUAGAAGUAUUACAAAAGAACAAUGGAAGUCAAGUCAGUUAAACCCAUAGGAUGGUUUCUGGCAGGUAAGAAAUGCUUGGUAAAUGUUUAGCUACUGUAACGCUCAUCAUCAUCAUCGUUUUUGUCUGUCACUGAACACUGAAAGAUGAUUAUAAUCUCCUGGGUAAAGGGCAACAUGAUUUGAGUAAAGUCUGACUGUUUAACUUGUUAGGUUCUUUGAGAGUUAAGACUGGAUUUCCAACAAGCCUUGUAGCAGUUCAAACAUCAAAGUUAAAUUAAGCAUGGCCGCUGUAGAAUUAUGGACAUUCCACAUUUGCUCUUUUGUGCACGUGACCUCACACUCCAAGAAGUGACAGUGCAGCCUCUUAACAAGGCAGUACAGGCUUUGCUUUCCCACACAGGAACUCUCUUGCUUCCUUUGCAACAUCCGGAGACAUCCAUGGAGGUGGGGGUGGGUGGCAGUGAGGCCUCUGGACCUCUCUUCUCUUUGGGAAAGUAGUAAUGUGGGAGCUCCAACUUAGUCAUGUGUCAAACUCAUGAUAAUGUCCAGAGAUAUGUCUGCUGCCUUCUGACCUGCUAGGGCAGCCCCAUGGGCCAUGCCCUCCACUGUUUGCCCUUCAUAUCUGUGUGGUGGGAUGACUGGAAUAGAAGAUGGCCUUUUAGUGGACAUGGCCAGCCUGAAUGUACUUUAGUGCCAUUUGGCCUGUAUAGACCCUGCUGUUCAGCAGAGAGGGGCGUUCAUCAAGCAGAGCAGACAAGAGCACAGAUGAGCUGGGCUGCCCUGUCCAGUCCUGGCUUAGCUUUUUGCACCUGUGUGAUUUUGGGCAUGUUGCCUUUCCCUUUUGGUAGAAUGGAGGAGAUAACACUACCUACCUCACAGGGCUGUUAUGAGGAUUAAAUGAGUUAAUGGGUAUAAAACCUUGAAAACAGGUUUUGCUGAAGGGUUUGCUGUUAUUACUAUUGCCUCUGAGGGCAUCUCAGGCUGUACCUGGGCGCGGCUUGGCAUUGGCCUCUGGUCUGGUGGCUGGGACUUUGUAUGCUAGCACUGAGAUGUGGAAGCCAUAAUGUAGUGUUCCUGGGCCAGCCCAGGCGUCAUUGGGUUUGGAACAGGAGGCCUCUGGGGUGAUUUAAAUUGCCUUGGGCUCAGAGUCUCCAGCGAUUUGUCUCCCACUGCACCAAUAGGGAGAGAGCUUGUCUGAGGCUGUAUGCUUUUUCCUCCUGGGAGCCUCAAAUGUCAUUGUGGGGGUGGCCAGCCUCCUCAGGAGCACCCUGGCUCCCCAGGAUUGUAGGGAGCCCAGAUCAGUGACCCAGCUUGGGGUGAGGGCUGGUGCCCCACAGCCCUAGGAGGCUGAGGCAGACAGCGGACUCAAGGCAAUCGAGGUGCCAGGAGCCUGAAAUCAGAAAGCAGAAUGGAUGGUUGGAGUCAUCCUGGUUUAGACCAAUGGAGUUAGAUGUCUGCUGUAGCUCUUUAAUAAAGGCUGGCAGCAAGGGAAUUUGGGAAAAUCCUCACUUCUGCAAAUUUAAAACCCUGCAUGACAAGCUGUGGUAGUGGUCAUCGGCCAAGCUUUGCCCUUGGGAAUCCUGGAGUUUUGAAGCUGGGAAGACCAGGGUCCCUUCUGGUCCCCCAGUCUGCUGAUGAGGCUGGGAGUACCAGGACCACCACCCUCAUACCUUGAGGGCACAGCUAUGACCUGGUCCAAGGGUCCUGAUUCUACUCCUACCCUUUGUGGCCAGCAGCCUUACCUGUCCUGGACACUGCUGCUGAGAACAGGGAUAUUGUGGAAACUUGUGCGCCUCCUUGGAUGGAUUUCUAUCAGACCUUUUCCUGAUAGGAGAAAACUGGGACUAUCCAUAGCUGGGGCAGAUGAGAGCUUUCAAGAAGCAGACUGUCUGAGGGGGACUCCUGUUGUUUUUCUUUCUCCUGGUGUUAAAUCUGGGAAAAGUUCUUGUAAAUUUAUGUUGGAAGCAAGGUAAAUGAAAUGACUAGGGAGAGCUGCCUCUGCCUCUGAGGAUAGGGGAGCUUGCUUUACCACGUGUAUCGAGCCUCUAUUAAUGUGUCAGGCAGUGUGCUAGGCUCCAGGGGUGCAAGGGUGAACAAAUAGUCAUGGUUCUUCUUGCCCUUGGUGCUUAUAAUUUGGACACUAAUAAAUAUGUAUUUCCAAAUUGGGGAUGGUGUUGUGAAGGGAAAAGUCUGAGUUUGCAGAAAAAACAGUGAAGCCUGAUUGUUUUAUUAGGCAGAGUAGAGAAGGCGCCUGAUUGUUUUAUUAGGGAGUGUAGAGAAGGCCUCCAUGCAGAGAGGCCCGAAGGAUUGGUAAGGGAUCCGCAGAUGAAGAGCAGGGUGAGUUGCUGUGGGGCCUGCAUGAACAGUCUUCUAGGCAGGGAAGGGCAAGUUGGGUGAGUUGGGGGACUGAACCAAGGCUGAUCUGCACAAGGAGUGCAGAGGCACACAGUAAGAUGGGGAGUGGGAGAGGCCAGGCUAUAUAGGUAGGGCCUUGGAAGGAUUUAGGGUUUGGUGCCAAUGGGAAGUCACUGAAAGGUUUUAAGUAGGGGAAUAGUAGUCUGUCUGGGGAUGGAAAAUGGAUGGAAGAGGUAAAAGUAUUGUAGAAUCGGGGAUUUUAUUAGUCCAGGCAAGAGGCUAUGGCUGCUUGGCCUGUGGUGAGGGGUAAUAGCGUUGGCAUGACUGGCCUUAUGAGUGUGGGGGAGGACAAGAGAUGAAGGCCAGUAAUGAACCCCAGCUCCAGGGAUGUUGUCAUAGGCAUUUAAGCUCAACAUUUCUGAAAAGAACUCUUCUUUUCCCUAACUGGCCUUUCCCCUGGUCUUUAACAUUCUCCAGAAAUAAAAUUUAAUUUUAAUUUUUAGUUUAGUUUUUUUUUUUUUUAAAGACAAAGUCCUGUCAUAGAGUCUGGUUAAAUGGUCUUUAAUAAUAACCUUCUGUACAUAACAGAUUUUAUCCAUUUGAGGAGCUGAGUGAUGUUCCAUGAUGUAGAUGCAUACCAUAAUUCAUUUAACAUAUAGGUUGCUACUCUCAUUUUCCUCUCUUUCAGGUUGACCAGUAUCUCUACCACAUGCGUCUUUCUGAUGAGACCCUUCUGGAGAUUGCUAAGCGGUUCCGCAAGGAGAUGGAGAAAGGGCUUGGAGUUACCACCCACCCCACUGCUUCAGUAAAAAUGCUGCCUACCUUUGUGAGGUCUACUCCAGAUGGGACAGAACAUGGAGAAUUCCUGGCUCUGGACCUUGGAGGGACCAACUUCCGUGUGCUUUGGGUGAAAGUAACAGACAAUGGACUCCAGAAGGUUGAGAUGGAGAACCAGAUCUACGCCAUUCCCGAGGACAUCAUGCGAGGCAGUGGCACCCAGAAGAGGUUUUACACAGAAGAAUGGGAGCCUGUUGAAAAAACACUAAAAUCCAGCUUCUGGGCGUCUGUUCUACCAGGCACUACAGUGGGCUCCGUGUGCUUCCACACUGGACCCAAAUCAUGCUUAGUCACUCCCAUAUCUCUGUGACCUCUAGAGUCACAUUUUGUACUCGGCACAUACAAUAAAAAGAGUGGAUGGAGAAGAAAUGUGAAAUCUAAGUAAGAGUUGUCUCAGUAAUAGCUAGAAGAGAGCGAGCAAGGAUGGAGUUGCUGUCAUGAUAGUGUCCAAACAUGUGUUGAGCAUCUACUGGACACUGGGC